GCUGUCAACAUUCACGUGCGCGGGUGGCAUCGAGGGGUUGAUUUCAGUCGUUUUAUUUACGCUUUGACCUCGUGAAUAGCAUUGAUUACGGCGCACCUCAAGGCUUCAAGAAUGGUCCUUCAUCAAGUGACAUAAACGGAGAAGGUCCUUCACAAUGUCAGUGCAGUUACAAGAAGAGCUAAGUAGAUCAAGCAUGACCCAACAUGCAGUUCAGACUCUUCAGAGUGAACUGUCUGAUAAGUCUGAAUCACCACCUACAUGUACUUGUUCUUGCAGUGGCCAGGAGUUAGAUGGCAAAGUCCUAGAUGUCAGUACUGCCAGCCCCUCACCACCAGCAGCUCAUCACAUGACUCUGUCGCAAUAUGUGAAAGCCCUCCUAGAGGAAGGCCUAUAUGAGAAGGCCCUUUCACUAGCUUAUGACUGCUAUCAUGAUCCAGAGCUGUGUGAAGACUCAAUGUUUCUGGAGACAGCUCUUGUGCUGUUUACAAACAUGGAGAAGCUAGAUAUGAUGUGGACUGAGGUCAAGCAGCUGGAUUCCAUGACACAUGUGUAUCCUGCAGCUAAGUCACUUAGCCAAUAUUACAAGCCAGCUGCCUUACUGACUGCAGAAAUGUUGCUGUGUAAAGAAUGGUGCGGUGAGGAGACUAUCUCUUUAAGUGACCUCCGAAAAGUCACAACCCUGUGGGUGAACCUCCUGUGGGCUCAGUGUAAUCACAACAUUCAAACCUUUCAAACAAAGGCCUUGCGAAUUGGAAAACUGAUCGUCCAUGAACCCACCUUUGUCUUGACUCUGGUCAAGAUUAUUCAUGCUGAGGUUGGAAAGCAUUCUUUGGUUAUCUGUGUCAACCUGUGUUUGAUGGCUCUCCAGCAACCUGUGAAAGAUCCACAGAAUAAUCUGGUCAAUGCUAGCCGUAUUGACACCAACAACUCAGCCCUUUGCUACCUGCUGUCGGAGUUGUUAAUUGGAGACACCAGUUUGAAGCAGUUGUGCCUGCUAACGGCAUUCACAAUCACCCCAACCAAAGAGUUAUUCACUGAUUUGGACAAGCUUUAUAAGUCAGGAGAAAUCAGGGUUCCUGUUGUGCCUCUCUUGCCAUCCUGUCUGAGUUGCGUCUUGGUUCACGGCAUGUAUAGUCUUCUCCCUAGCACCAUCUCUCCUUUGGUGGAGUGGAAACAGUUGCGAGGAAAAUGUCUGAAGUACCUGCACAGUAGUACAGUACUUAAUGUGCAGCUCAAGGAGCCAAACAGAGUAAUGACGAUCAAGGUGUUUGUGAAGGAAAUGGGUUCGGAUGACAGUGAGGAUGAAGAAGGGGAGAAACCGGCAGAACUGGCCACAGAGACUGAGGAAUUCUCUGAGAAAGCAGAGCAAAGUCCUGUCAUAGCACAUACAGAAUGGGAACUGCAAUGGUUAUCUGAUAUGAUGUCACUUGACAUGACCUGGCAACCACACUGGGUCACCAAUGAUGACCAACCAUCAAUAUCCGGCUCUACAGACCCUGCAACAAGCUGUCCUCAACACAGUGAGCUGAGUGCUGGCGCUGAUCUUGUUCAAACUCAGGAGGAUGUACCGCCAUGUAAGGUAGUGCUUUGUAAUUCCAACGAUACCCUCUUUAGCCAUUACCAUCUGUUGGAGAACAGACCUAAGGAUGAAACAUUGAUUCAGCCAGUGGAGGAGGAAUCCUCAGCUUCAUUAGGGACAGCAUUGCAAGAGGACCAUGCUUAUAGCCUUCCUCCUUGCUGUGAAGAUAAACAGAAACCCACCGAGGAGUUGGAUCCCAAACUGAGCAAUGCUGAGAAGCAGGAUGCAGUGAGAACUUUCGAUGUUGUACAGGUAUCAAGUGAUCAGGAACAUAACCAAGACGUUGAGGUGACGUGGGACACUGAAGAUGUUCAACUUGCAUCAGGCGUGCCAGUUGAGAAAAGUUUGCAAAAUUAUGAUAUGAGCAGUUGUGAAGCAGUGUUUUGUUCUGACAAGCAAGGCCAUAAAGUCCCCACCACGGGUGAAAAAGGGCUUGAUGAUCUAGCAUCUGAGCUUAAAUGUUUUGAAGGGCCAGAUAACCUUGAUAAGCCGUCAGUCGAUGGCGGUGACCUUGCGGUUCAUCAAAACUUUUUAGCUGAUCUCAAGGAUGAAAUGGUUGACCCAGAGUUACCAGUACUGAACCAGCCGAUCAGUGGUUCCAUCAUUGAUGGACACCCUGAUGACUUGACUGCAGAUGUCAACGGUUGGUUUCAUAGCAUUGAACAGCCAUCAGAAGCAAGCAGCAUUGUUGGAUCAGAUGUAACACCCGAUCCUGUCACAGAAGAAAGCAUGCAGUGGACUGCCAUCAAAUCUCUAUCUACUGAUGGAAACCAAAUGGUGGUUGAACCAAACUGGAAUGAGCUUAGACUCUGGUUUUCUGAGGAUAAUAAUAAGGAAAUAGCUCCCCCAAAGCCUGCAGUUUGCUGUGCUGGAACCAGUCUGCCUGUCUUCAUGAAUACAAUAACAGAUCAUGAAGCAAACUCAGGACAAGGAUUCUGCAGUUUGGAGAGCACGAUCAACAGGCUUCGAGCAAGUCUUUGCAGUACAGAUCAAAGAUCUUGUGUAGUUCAGCUGGAGGACUUACAGCAAGUUACAAAAAGUAACUCUCCGACAGGUAGCCAAUACACUUCUCAUUGUAAAUCAAUCAAAAAUCAAUGUGGACAACUAAAUGGAAAAACAGACAAACAGUCACUAAUCUUUGACCAAAACCAAACCAGUCAACAAGCCACCAAGCAAUGGCCACUCCACCAAAGGUCAGUAGCUGAAGCAGGAGUCAAGCUGAAACCAUCCACUAUCAACUCCCAGUCAACUUAUGCACAGUCAGCAAACAAAUGUGUAACAACUCGAUGGUCUUCCAACCAAGAUGCAACAAGUCAUUGCACAACGAUACAAAAGCCAACUCAGCAACAGGAUACCAACCAUUUAAUUAUCAAUCAACCAGCAACUGAUCAAAAAUCAAGCCAACUGCCAGCUGAUGGAAGUGAAGAGAAAGUAGAGAAUAAAACAACCAGACGGAGGAAUAGUUUGAACUGCACAGACAAUGCCUCACACAACAAGGCAGAAACACUCUUGUUGGCUGCAUGCACAUCACCCAGCAACAUUCUCAACCAACAACCCAGAUCAAAUCCAAAAUCAGAAGUUCAGCCAGAAAGUUCCACACACAGUACCGAAAUCUCCAGCUGUUCUGAAACUGUGGAAGUAUUGAUACAACAUGGAGAGGACAGUGCAGAUUUAUUCACGAGAACAAGGAGCAAUACAAGCACCUCUUCCGAAAGCUGUGUCUUAAUUAGUCCAGAUGUUGGAAGGUCAAACAAGGGGCAAAGUAUGGACCAGUCUGGCAAAGAGAAACUUGUGCGUGAAAAAGAUUGCAAAAUGGAUCGUGAUCGUCAUCAAACAGGAAUGCUAAAACCAUCAGAGGCUACAUCUGUCUCAUCUGGAGUUCCCAAAGCAAUGAGGGCUGGAUACGAGUUGGAGAAAGCACCAGUUCAAACUGAGUCCAGACAUCAACUAUUGGAUUCAUUGUUGUCUUUUGCUGUUCAAGAGUACAAGCAGAUUACUGAGUCUUCUACUGGUAAGGAGAAUAUGUCAAACUCAGGGGACAUUGACACCAAGUCAGAGAUUAAUUCAACACAGGGAGACCUGGAGUUAACCCAUCCAUGGAGCAGUGACCGAUUUGAAGAUAGUAAGGCUGUAAGCAGUUCAGAAGAGUCCAAUAUCACAACUGAGGAAAUCCAUGCAAGGAUUCUAAAUGCACCUGAAGACUUAUUGUCUGGUAUUAAUCUGUUGCCAGAACACAGGCCAAAUGAAGUGGUCAGUUUUCACACUGGGCGGUUUGCUGUUUCAAACGUGAAACCAUACCAGAGUGGAGCUUGUGCAUGGGGUAAGUCUUGUCAUUCCAGUGUUCAGACCAGUAAUAGUGUUGCCAAAUUGGCAGUUCAAAGAAACUACAUAAAGAAAAAGCAUGAAGUACUAGGACUAGAAAACUGUCCCAAACUUGACAAGACCAGAGAAACCCAUUCUGACUCAGAUGGGAGUGACUUCGAGGUUGUCCAGGAUGUGCGCUCCACAUGGUCACUCAGUGGAAAGAGGAAAAAAAGCGAGCCAUAUUCUUGGCCACAAAAGAAAGGAGAAGCCCUCUAUCAAAGGGAGAUACCGGGAGGCAGGUCUAAGGAAGCAAGUGAGAAUGGCAGCCCAAAGAUAGCUAAAUAUGACCAGGCAAGACGGAAGACAAGUGAGCAUUGUUCUCCAUUGAAGACAAAGGAGACAUCACAAAUCCCUGAAAAAGAACCGAUGAAGGUAGUAGUUGAGCCAGAGGUCAUGUCAUUGCUAGUGAAAGAAAGAAAGGAAGAAAAUCCUAAAUCUACAAAGAAUAAGUCUAAUUCAGCAGAGGUGGCAGCAAAAGGAAAGACAACCACCUCAUCUCCAUCCCAUGGAUACAAUCUCAGAGCAGUCAACCAUGCCAUCAAAUAUUUUGUUGCUGGCUCAAGCACAGAGACUGACCUGUCCAGUGGAAUGUCUGGAGAAGACACAAGGACUAGAAUGGGUUACAGUCUGAGAAGCUUAGCACACAGUAAUGCAAAGUCUGCUACAAGAACAUUAAAGAGACCUCAAAGAACUUCCAUGGCAAUGGGAAGGAAGCCUCCAUCUCACAGGGCCCAAACAAGGUACUCACUACAGUGUGAUGAAUACAAGUGCACCAGAACAUCAAGAAAUGCUUCUGGGAAGAAAGACAGAAGUCUUGCCAAGUCCCCAUCCAAGGGUAGGUUGGUCACCACUGGCAACUGCAUCUCUGAUCACAACAACAAUUGCGGCAAUGAUACCAUGGGUACCAGUGGCAGCCAUGCCAGCAGCAACAUCAGCCCCUCUUCUCCAGACAAAAAGUUGCUUUCACCAACUCACUCCAAGAAGGCUUCUCCAAAACAGAUGACUGAUUUCCAUGGUAGACUUGCAGCUGUCGAAAAUCCUCAGUUACCAUGGGAGACUAAACCCCCUAUUCGCACUUACUCCUCCAGAAAGAGCCUUUCAUCCAUACUGUAAUACUGAUUCUAAAAACUCAAACAGGUUGUUUUACUGACAGUCCUCACUUGUUGAUUAAGAACCAAUGUAACAAAGGAUUAGUCCAUCUGAAGUGUUUGAUUUUUAGCAGGAUGAAAUUUUUAGCUGUUGAGAAUUGAGCCCAAACUGAAGUCCUACUUAACAGCAAUAUUUGUAAUUUGAAAAUUUUGAAUUUGUUUUUGUAUAUUGAUAUGUAUCAAAACAUCCAGAUCCAACUGAUUAUUUGCCAAGCCAACUCAAAUAGGAUUGAUGUCUAAAACAGAAAGAAAUGCAAUGCAGAAACAGAGACAUCUCUAGUGAAUAUGCAUUAGUUAAACAUGUUUCAAGUUUAAGGAAAAAUGUUUUGGAACUGUCCAAAUGGUGAAAAUUACCAUCUCCAAAACAGCCAUUUAAAAAUAUUCAAAAGCUGGUGAGCCUUGACAGACUGCAAAACUUAUCAGUACUGUUACCACAAGGAAUAUUCUUUGCAAUCUCAAGUCUUGUGCAGUCAUUGGUUAGUUUUCUUAUGUCAUCAAAGAACAUGCAAGACUACAGAGAAGCUUGAAACUGUGGAAGCGUUUGCCGCAGGUUUAUGAGGGAAGGAAAGAAAUACUUCUCCUGUAACGAUCAAAGUGACAUCGUUUGUUUACAAUCAGAGAUUAUUGACAAAAACUGAAUAUAGAGAUACAUGUAUGUGCUUCAUAUGUAGAUGAAUAUCUUGUUACAUUUGGUGCAUUUUACUUAACAUCUGCUGCCCUUGUAUCACUUUUUAAACAGAUUUUAAUUUUUGGCAAAAGUACACAGGUUUUGAUUCUUGUGUUCAAAGUAGGCCCUGUCUAUCAAACAGUGAAGUGUCUGCAUAUUGUUUGUAAAUAAGAACGUAUUUGUAUUUUUCCACUUUCAGAGAGACAUUCUGCUUAUUUAUAUUUUUUUCAAAGGAGAUUUUUUUAUUUUGUUUGAUAUAUAUCAUACU